AGAGCUGAGCAUUGACCAGCAGUCCUACGACUCGCUUCUGAUUUCUGAAGUUCUGCACCGACCGCAAUCAUGAUUAAGAAAAUGACACCCUCGGAUAACGAGUUCGACAUCCCGGCCAAAAACUGCUACAGGAUGGUGAUUCUGGGAUCUACAAAAGUUGGAAAGACAGCUAUCAUUUCUCGGUUUCUCAAUGAGCGCUUCGACGACCAGUACACGCCGACCAUUGAGGAUUUCCAUAGAAAGUUCUACAGCAUUCGCGGGGAUGUGUACCAGUUGGACAUUUUGGACACAUCAGGGAACCACCCAUUCCCUGCAAUGAGAAGACUAUCUAUUCUGACAGGUGAUGUGUUUAUCCUGGUUUUCAGCCUGGACAAUCGUGACUCCUUCCAAGAGGUGCAGCGUCUCAAGAAGCAGAUACUAGAAACGAAAUCUUGCUUGAAAAACAAGACAAAGGAGAACAUUGACGUACCUCUGGUCAUCUGUGGAAACAAGUGCGAUCGCGAGUUCCACCGCGAGGUCAAGGAUGAGGAGAUAGAGCAACUGAUUGGUGGGGAUGAGCACUGCGCCUACUUUGAGAUCUCAGCUAAACGGAACACAAAUGUGGACCAGAUGUUCAGCAAACUUUUCACUAUGGCCAAGCUGCCCAGCGAAAUGAGCCCAGACCGCCACAGGAAAGUUUCGGUGCAGUACUCCGACGUGUUGCACAGAAAAUCAUUCAGAAACAAGAAAUUCAAAGACGGCGACGCAUAUGGUAUCGUGGCCCCGUUCGCACGCCGGCCAAGUGUACAAAGUGACUUGAUGUACAUCAAAGAAAAAGCAGUCGGCGGGGGCCAGGGCAAAGACAGGUGUGUUAUCUGUUGAACUUCCGAACUUGACAAAUGGGUGAAGUCAAAUUCGUGACAAAGCCGAGGGAACUAGGUGAGAGGACUCCACCUGGGCGCUCAGGUCGAAGAGAACCAGGCUCUCAGCGAUGUUUACGGUCGCAGAAGGUGACAAUGGUGGAGUAGUCAUGGUCAGUAAACAUGACAUCCCACCUCCGAGGUCAGAGUGACGCGCGGCGGGGUCCAGAUGCACCCCGGGACAGUAUUCAGUUUUGUUCCUCUGCAUUGACAAAGAGAACAUUGCACCUGUCCAAGAAUGUACAAGAAUCCCACAUGGAUGAUAUAAAGAACAUUUGUUUACGUUUUGAAUGAAAAAAAAGAGACGAUUUUUACUUGAAUGCUGCAUUGCAUUAUGAACAAAUGUGAAUCCACAUGAAUGUAUAUUUAUUCUUAUAUGUCAACGAUUACUCUUCAUAUUAAAUAAAAGAAAAAAAAAAAGAAUCUGUGU